CGGCGGCGGCCGCUGCGUGGAGGGGUGCGCCGCGGCGCGGCAGUCUCGUGCCGGUAGUCGGUAGUGCAACCGAGCGACUCCGGGAGCCGUUCCCACCGCGCCGUCGCUCGCUCGUAGUCGUAGUGCCUCCGCCGGCCCGCCCCACGCCGCCGGCGUUCAAGUCCAUGGAAACCCAGAACCAGGAUGUGGCCCAUAGCCCCGCCGAGGUGCCUAACGACCCGGGGAAGAUGUUCGUCGGAGGUCUCAGCUGGCAGACUAGUCCAGAAAGUCUUCGAGACUACUUCAACAAAUUCGGUGAAAUCACAGAGGUUAUGGUUAUGAAAGAUCCCACAACGAGACGAUCGAGGGGCUUUGGGUUUAUCACAUUCGGCGACCCCGCUAGCGUAGACAAAGUUUUAGCGCAAGCAACACACGAAUUAGAUGGUAAAAAGAUUGACCCCAAAGUGGCCUUUCCCAGAAGAGCACAUCCAAAGAUGGUGACCAGAACAAAGAAAAUCUUCGUAGGAGGUCUAUCAGCACCCACAACGCUGGAGGAUGUAAAGAAUUACUUUGAACAAUUUGGACCGAUCGAGGACGCCAUGUUAAUGUUUGACAAACAAACCAAUAGGCACAGAGGUUUCGGUUUCGUCACAUUUCAAAGCGAAGAUAUAGUAGAUAAAGUGUGCGAAAUCCAUUUUCACGAAAUCAACAACAAAAUGGUGGAAUGCAAAAAAGCACAACCAAAAGAAGUUAUGCUACCAGCUAACUUGGCAAAGACGAGAGCUGCUGGACGGGGCGCCUACGAUUUCAUGUGGUCGUUGGGUGCGCUUCCUGACGGUUUCCCCGCAGCGUACGCCGCCUACGCGGCAGGACGUAGCUAUUCGGGCUAUCCUAGCUUCGGGCUGCCAUACCCCGCAGUGGACCUGACCAACGGCCAACUCACACCGAAUAACAACACACCGCUGCUCGCGCAGGCGCUCUCAGUGAUGAACAACUAUCAGGCCGCUGCAGCCGGCUUCGGACCACCUGCCUCGCCGCACACGGCUGGAGGUCGGGCGGGAUUCCCAGCCGCUAGCUCACCGGGGCCCGCACUCGAUGUGUAUGGCUCUGCAGCGGACAGCGUCGGUUACGUGCAGGCAGCUAGCCCUCAGCCCUCCGGAUUCCCUGCCAUCGCAGUCAGCCGUGCCCCCCUCAAUUACACCCCAGGACCCUUGAUUCCUGCGGCUUUCACCAACGGUUAUCAUUGAAAGUGUUAUAGCACAAAUAUUUAACGUGGCGAGCGGCGUGGCGGCGCGUGAUAUGCAACGCAACCCUUACAACCCCAGCGCGACUCACCAGCCGGCCGCCCGCGCCCUCCGCCAGCCCGACUCCCGCGCACGCCGCGCCACGCGCCGCAUCGGCGACGGUCGUCUAAUCCGUCCGGCCACCGCGCGGACCGAUCCGUCGACCGCGGCAUCUCAACCUCACCGUACCCUCCACAAGAUCCUAACCACCCCGACCCUACCACCCGACCUCACUCUCCCCUACCCCGACACCUUGUCUAUUGUAAAUAAUGAUAAUACUUUUUGUCGUGUAAACGAGAGAUAGUCUAUUGAUUAAACAGGUAUUUUUUCAAAUUAUUCUCGCUUCGACUGUACUGUAGAUGUGUUGUCAAUAAAUGAUUAAACUUAAAAAAAA